GCCACAAACAAACACACAACAAUGGAGCAUAUCGAUGGAAUGGUGUUCUUCAUUCUCGGCAUGUGGAUGUUUUUAACUGCAAGACGAAGGAGUUUGUUUCAAAAGAGGCUGAUGGCAGCCAAACAAAACACAGCUAAAAAAUACAAGAGAGUUCGGGAACUCUUACAACAACAUGCAGAUGACGACAACACUUGGUUUGCUCGACGGCGCGCAAGGAGCUUCCACAUUUCGCAAAAAAGUCGCCGCAACAGACCAUCUGUUUGGACAUUUAACCGAGCUUCAGAGUGGUGGGAUGUGAUUGUUCCCGGUUUUACAGACACUCAGUGGCUGGAGAACUUUAGAAUGUCCGAAGAAACAUUUAUCCACGUAUGCAACAAGCUGCGUCCAGCGAUGGAGAGACAGGACACAAACUUCCGCGUGUGUGUACCUCUAAAGAAAAGAGUAGCCAUCGCACUGUGGAAGCUUGCAACCGGCGCUGAGUACAGAAGUGUUGGACAUCUUUUUGGUGUAAGCAUAACAACUGUGUGUCGGUGUGUUCAGGAGUUCUGUGCAGCAGCAGAAACCCUGUUGGUACCAGAGCAAAUUCGUUAUCCAGAUCAGGAAAAGUUUAAAGAAAUGGCUGCCUACAUUGAGAACAGGUGGGGACUCCCACACUGUAUUGGUGCUAUUGAUGGAUCACACAUCCCCAUCAUAGCACCAGAGGAAUAUCACUGUGACUAUUUCAACCGUAAAGGCUGGCACUCCAUCAUCCUUCAAGGUGUUGUGGAUGGAAAGGGACUUUUCUGGAAUGUUUUCACAGGACUGCCUGGAAGCCUGCAUGAUGCUCGGGUUUUGAGACUGUCAACACUGUGGGAGUUGGCAAGCCGUGGAAACCACAUACCAGCUAACACCAGAAACAUAGGUGGGGUGACUGCUGGCUACUACAUCCUAGGAGACUCUGCCUAUCCCUUGCAGAACUGGCUCUUAAAACCAUUCAUUGACACUGGACACCUGACAGCAGAACAGCAGGUCUACAACAUGAAAAUCUGCAGAGCACGCGUAGUUGUUGAAAAUGCCUUUGGUCGAUUAAAAGGAAGAUGGCGAUGCCUCAUGAAAAGAAAUGACUGUGCUGUCAACCUUGUGAAAUCCAUGGUGCUGACAUGUUGUGCUCUACAUAACCUUUGUGAGAGUCAUGGAGAGGCCUAUGUGAAUGCUUGGGAUUUACCACCAGCAGCAGAGACCGUGGUAGCAGUGCCACAGGCUGUAGAGGAGGAGGGCAGGGAUGUUCGUGCAGGUCUGAUGCGUUACUUGAAUAGUUAA